UCGUAUCAAUAAGUACCUGUAUGGCAAUAUCACAUUUUUACACAAUAGCCGGCCAUAACAAUCCAGUGAAAUGAUUAGUUUGAAACAUCUGGAGUUGAUUUACAUCACCGAGUGUCUCCUGUGUGUGAGCCUAUAUGCAGCGAGUGUACCACACACGGUGCCUGCUAAAUUCACCUUGAGCAACUUCUUCGAUUCCACCCUGUCAAUGAUUCAUCCUCUUGUUAGUGCUGGUUCUGAUCGAUGUGAAUCCCUCAAAAGCUUUUUGGGCAUAACAUACGAACAGAUGCAGGUUAAGAACAAAACGAAUUGGUACGACGUGCUGAACAUAGACCUGGUUACUAAGAAUGGUAACAUCAAGUUUAAUCUGACAGCAACAAAGAGAAUGAAUAGACUGAUGGCUCGAGCUCAAACCAUAAUCAUAUUAAUCCAUGGCUUCAUGGAGAGUUCCAAUGGCUGGAUGGUGAACGCCAUAGCACCAGAGCUUCUGAAGAAGUCCAUGUAUAAAGUGUUUGCUCUAGAUGGAAGGAAGAUCAUCAAUCUAGAAUACUUCAGUUCUUCUACAAAUGCAAGGUUCAUGGGAGAGAUGCUUGGCAGUUUCUUGGGUGACGUCAUUAGAAAUGGCGAAGACCCUUCUAAGAUCUACAUUAUAGGUCAUAGCCUGGGAUCCCAUAUCGCAGGGAUAGCAGGAAAGAAGGUCUAUGAAGUAACUGGCAAGCGUAUUGGUCGGAUCACAGCACUAGAUCCUGCUGGACCAUGCUUCAGUAACAUUAGUGACACUGGAAGACUGGCCAGAACUGACGCAGAAUACGUUGAUGUAAUACAUAGCAAUGCAGGCAUACUGGGUUUCAAAGCGCCUGUAGGUCAUAAAGACUUUUACCCAAAUGGAGGGAUUAUCCAGCCUGGAUGCUAUCUUUCUAUAUGUGACCACAGCAGAGCUUGGGAGCUAUUUACAGAAUCUAUUGCUUCACCUAAACACUUUCCAGCACGUAAAUGUGAAAAUUGGACAAUGUUCGGAGAAGGCCGCUGUUCUAAGAACGAGAUAUCUUACAUGGGCUUGGAGUCUGAUGAUGGCAGUCCUGGGGUAUACUUCCUCACCACGAAAGACUCUUUGCCCUUUGGUAUGGGCUCCGCAGGCAGUGGGUAGUGUGAAAACUGGAAUAAACUUUUUAAUACAAA